AUGAAGUCAUUUAUUGCAAUAUUACUGCUGCUGGUGGCCUUUGCCAUUUGCAGCGUCACAGCCGACCAUGAGAUUCGAGUAGAGAAUAACUGUCAUUUUAAGAUAUGGCCGGGCGUGGCGAACAAUCCCGGAAAGUCCCUUCCCCUCAACGGAGGCUUUGAGCUUGAUCCACAUCACUCGAGAAGCUUUCACGUCCCUCACGGAUGGAGCGGCAGAGUCUGGGGACGGACCAACUGUAAUGCUCAUGGCCACUGCGAGACUGGUGACUGCGGAGGCAAAGUAGAGUGCCACGGAAAGUGGGGCGCGCUGCCGGCGACGCUGGCCGAGAUCGCCUUCGACCAGUACCAGGGCAUGGACUUCUACGACAUCAGCCUCGUCGAUGGCUUCAAUCUGCCGGUGUCGAUCCUCCCCAUAGCGGGCACCUUCCACCGACGGUCCAACCAGCACAAUGACUGCACUGCGACCACUUGUCGAACGGACAUCAACGCCCACUGUCCGCACGAGUUGGCCGUCAAGGACGGUCAUGGCAAAACCAUUUCCUGUAAGUCAGCAUGUACGGCCUUCCGCACUCCUGAGUACUGCUGCACCGGUGCCCAUGACAAGGCGACCACUUGUUUGCGCAAGUUUUGGAAGGUCGAUUAUCCGAGUCAGUUCAAGCACUGGUGCCCUGAUGCCUACAGCUACGCUUUCGAUGAUCCAAAGAGCACCUGGGCCUGCAUUAGCAGUGGCAGUCACCAGAGUGGCUAUGUCGUCAAGUUUUGCCCCUAA